UAAGUCUCAAUAGUCUGUGAUAGAAAAACGCGAAAGCAAAAUAAAAGCCCAAAAUCAGAAGAAAAGAGUUGCUUGCAGACCGGAGGUCGCGGCUGCUUGCGUAAGGUACGAACUAGUAAGAAGGUAGGAGUAAAGAUAUGGGAGCUGGAGAUGAGGAUUGCAAGACGAUCCCAGCCAUUAAUCUGCAAAAUUUUCCAGAUGAAGAAGAGUACAGGAAACUGAGGGAAGCUUCAGAGACAUGGGGAUGCUUCAGGCUUAUGAACCACAGGAUCCCAGUGGCUUUGAUGUCAGAGAUGAAGUGUGUGGUCAGAUCUAUGCUGGAGCUGCCCUUGGAGAUGAAGGAGCAGAACAAAGAUUCACUAGCUUUCACUGGCUACAUACCUCCCAGCAAACUCAAUCCUCUCUUUGAGGCUUUCGGUAUUUACGACUUGGCCUCACCUCAGGCUGUUCAUGGCUUUUGCUCUCAGUUGGAUGUCACUUCCCACCAGAGAGAGGUGAUAGAGAAGUAUGCUCAAGCAACAUGCGAGCAGGUUGUGGACAUCGGGAAGAAGUUGGCAGAAAGUUUAGGGGUGGCCAACACUGAUUUCCACAAGGGAUGGCCUUGCCAAUUCAGGAUGAACAAGUACAACUUCUCUCCUGCAUCAAUGGGGUCCCCUGGUCUACAAGAACACACAGAUUCUGGAUUUCUAACAAUUCUUCAAGAGGAUGAAGAUGUUGGUGGUCUGGAAGUGAUGAACAAAUCUGGUGCCUUUGUGCCUGUUCAUCCUUGCCCUGGCACUCUCUUUAUCAAUCUUGGGGACUUCGCUCAGGUUUGGAGCAAUGGGAGGCUGCACAACGUGAGGCAUAGAGUGAAAUGCUCGGAGGCUAGUAUUCGAGUUUCGAUCGCUACAUUUCUCAGCGGACCAAAAGAGGAAGCGAUAGAAGCUCCGCCGGAAUUGGUAGAUUCGGACCACCCACGUCUCUACGUCCCUUUUGUUUACGACGAUUACAGAGUUAGCAAGUUCAAACUGCUCAAAAAAUUACAGGCUGAUAAAGCCCUUGCACUUCUACGUAUCCCUUCCUAAUUUGGUGAUACGUGUGUGGCAAAGCUUAGCUGCCAUAUAUAAUAAAGAAGUGUGAUAUCUUCACAUUUUAUUUUACUUUUAA